CUCCAUGUUACACGUACGCGAUAAGCGUGUUCCUUGUAAAACACAAUGGUAGAAAAAUCCGAAAACUUGAAACAAAAUGCUAACCACUACAAUGAUAUUGGUGGCACAGAAGUUUCCGGAUGGGGCCAAAGACACCAGCAAUGUAUUCUAUUAUUUCUGUGUCUAACAAUAGCUUACAGUAUGAGAUCUUGCAUGGGAGUGUCCCUAGUUGCUAUGGUGAAACAUGAUAUCAGUUUGGUGGAACACAACAAUACAAAUCAUACAGAAAGUGUCAUCCCUCACAAUGAAACUAUAACUGACAAUAAUGGAACAGAAAUAUCACAUGCGAAUACAACAAACAAAGACUCCAGUUUAUAUAUCAGUGAGACUGAAUACAAAGCAGCUGGCUUCUUCAAUGCAUUAAUGUUGACACCUCCUUACCCAAGAUUUGGAUGGAGCAAGCAAGUACAAGACAGCGUGAUAGCAUCAUUUUUCUGGGGCUACGUAGUGCUGCAGAUACCAGCUGGACAACUCGCUCACCGUUUCGGGUCCACUGCCCUGCUCUCUAUUGCUUUACUUAUCAAUUGCAUUGCAUCAUUGGGUUUCCCUUUGGCUGCUCAUUAUGGUGGUUGGGUGUUGACGGUAAUAUUUCGCAUAAUUCAGGGCUUAAGUCAGGCUUGUGUAAUACCGAGUCUGCAUACGGCUCUUGGGAAAUGGGCACCGCUUGCAGAGAGAGCAAGAAUGUCGGCGUUCGUUCAUGGAGGAUCCGCAUUAGGAACAGUAUUGGGACUUCCCAUAACAGGUUUCAUCGCAACUUCGCCUUUAGGAUGGCCAGGAAUAUUUCGCUUCUACGGAGUACUCUCAGGGAUUAUGGGAGUAGCGAUAUGGUUGUUCGGUGCUGAUAAUCCAGCAAAACAUCCUAAAGUGUCACCCGAAGAAAGGAUGUAUAUAGAACAGGAUUUGGGACAACAAGAUGCAGACGCAAAGAAAAAAGCAUCAGUACCUUGGUCCCGCUUGCUACGCAGUCGUGGUCUAUAUGCCAUUGUCAUUGCCCACACUGGAUACACUUGGGGCAAUCUAUUUUUGUAUUCUGAAGUACCUUCUUACAUGAGUAAAAUAAUGGGUGUCAACAUUAAAGCGAACGGUAUGCUGACCGCCCUUCCGUUUUUCGUUAUGUGGCUUACGAACUUCUUUUUCAGUUGGUUGGCAGACAUGAUUAUCGUUAAGAAAUACUUUAGUGUAACUAUUACGAGGAAACUUGCCAACUCAUUGGGGUGUGUACCGGCAGCUUUAUUGUUCAUUGCAUUGGCCUACGCUCCAAAUGACAUUUAUAUAGUUGAAACACUACUGGUUUUGAUUUGCGCUUUUAAUAUUGCAUCUCAUGUUGGUUUUCAGGUGAACCAUAUCGACAUCUCUCCCAAUUUCGCCGGCAUCAUGAUGAGCAUCAGCAAUUUCUUCUCAAACCUUGUCGGAUCGCUGGCUCCCAUCGUCACUGGCCUUAUUCUGAAAAGUGACCCGGCCAACAAAUAUUUGUGGAGACAAGCGUUCUUCGUAGCGAGCGGUCUAUACUUUUUCACGAAUCUUCUCUACGUUCUAUUUGGUACAGCCGAAUUGGCUGAUUGGAAUGAUCCUAACGAUAGUGAAAAGAAUGAGAAAAAAGAUGAAGAGAACGCUCCAAUGAUCCAGAAACCUAAUGUUGAAAGAAAUGGGAAGUCAUAAUGGUGAUGAAUUAGUCAAUAUGUAUUUAUUGUUUUUUUUUUCUAGCAAAACAGUGCGUUAUGGAUACCAUCAAUAGAAUGCUUGAUUGUUUGCUUUUAACCUUUAAAAUCCAUAUUAAAAUCGUUUAUUGUCAAUUACUACUUAAGUAAGAAUUAAGUGGAUAAAAUUUUAAGUACAAGAAAUUUAAACAUGUGACGAUUCGAGUUAUGGAGAUAAUUCGCAAAUAUUUUUUAAUUCACCAGAGGGAGACUUUGUACAAAAGUCGAUUGCUUGUGCACCUCUGUCCUAUUCGUGUUUCAACCGUGAAGCAGUUGUGUUGUGGCAGUGAAUUUACAAGGUACAGAGGAAUAACACCUAAGUCCUCAGGAAUGUAUCGUGAGCGAAACAGGAUACCCUGCUAAGUUCAUGGUACUGCUAAUGUCUAUAAGUGACGGUUACCACUUUCCAUCAGGUGGGCCGUCAGCUUGUUUGCCAUUCUAAAUUGCAUAAAAAACAUUUAGUCAAGUUAAGUUUCAUUAUGGCUGAAAGAAUAAUGUCGAAUACAUUUUCAAACUAUCUACAUUCUCAAUAUUUGGUAGCUUAAUGUAUUUUAAAUUAAUUUAAUGUAAUGUAAUCUGUAACACAUUUGAAGAACUUCGCUCUAUCAUUUAAAAUAUUUAAAAUGAUAGAGUGAUUUAAAAUAUUUUAAAUUUAAAUUACUAUGGCACACGUAUGAAAGAAAACAUUGUUACUUGUUUUAUAUGGUAUAUUUUACUUCUUUUUUUUGUAGAUACAAUCUUUUAUCCCUUUUUACUGUGUAUGUCUUUUGUUAUUUGUGUGCUGUAAGUAAUGCAAAUAAAUUAUAUAUCUGUCUAAAUGAUAGAGCGAAGUUGUUUAAAUGUGUUGCAGAGAGUUAGUGGAUGCAGGUAUAUUAUUAACUGGAUGAUAUUAUUAUGUAGUUAAUUGGAUAAUGAAUGGUUAAAAUGGCUAUGAUGAGAAAGAUGAAGAAUGUUUAGUAGUACUUUUAAUUAAUUAAUAACGCCUAAUUUUACAUAGAACAUUUUAGUAUCAUAUAAUUAUUAUUAAUAAUAUAUUAUUUAUUAAAUUACGAGCAAUAAAGUGUAAGUUAAU